GGAGCCGCGCUUGUUAGGUGCCCAAGCGCCGCCUGACUAGAAGGAGCCGCUCUUUCCGUCGCCCGGCCGGAAUGCCGCCUUGAAGGCUCCGCUUCGCGCGUGGCCGAAGUGCCACUGAAGGGAACCCAUGUGUCAGUGGGAGCCCGGCGCGGAGAAAGAGCCGGCGGAGAGAGCCGGCGAGCAGGCAUCGGCGAGGCCGAGAGAAGCCCGGGGGUUUGACCGUGCGGGAAAGGCGGGGUCCUCCUGACAGGGCCUGGGCGGAUGAGGUCACUCUUUGUGGUGGAUGCUGUUGGCAAGAUGGCGCCGGUGCUGGCGGAGAAGAAGCUGCUGGGGCCGGACGGGCCUGUGGCUGCCGACUUGCCCAGCGAGGAGGAGGAAGGCCAGAGCCUCUGGUUCUCAAUAUUGAGUGAAGUUUCUACACGGUCCAGGUCUAAAUUACCGUCAGGCAAAAAUAUUCUUGUUUUUGGUGAUGAUGGCUCAGGCAAAACAACACUGAUGACUAAGAUACAAGGAGCAGAGCAUGGCAAGAAAGGAAGAGGCCUGGAAUAUCUGUACCUAAACAUCCACGAUGAAGAUAGAGAUGAUCAGACUCGCUGUAACGUCUGGAUUCUUGAUGGGGAUUUGUACCAUAAAGGUCUCUUGAAGUUUGCUGUUUCAGCAGACACAUUGCAAGAGACCCUUGUGAUCUUUGCGGCAGAUAUGUCUAGGCCGUGGACGAUUAUGGAAUCCUUACAGAAGUGGACAAGUGUAUUGCGUGAACAUAUUGAUAAGCUGAAAAUUCCUCCUGAGGAGAUGAGAGACAUGGAACAGAAAUUUGUGAAGGCGUUUCAAGAAUAUGUAGAACCUGAGGAAGGUUAUCAGGGAUCACCACAAAGAAGAGGUCCACCAGGACAAGAGGACGAAAAUGUUAUUCUACCACUUGGAGAUAAUGUCCUGACACACAACCUUGGGAUACCUGUGAUAGUUGUUUGUACAAAGUGUGAUGCAAUGAGUAUAUUAGAAAAGGAGCACGAUUACAGAGAAGAACACUUUGACUUCAUUCAGUCAUACAUUCGUAGAUUCUGCUUGCAGUGUAUCCUUGUCUUACUUGAGCUAAACCAGUGGCAUAUUGAAAUGCUACUUUGCACAAGAUCAAAAUACCAGCAGCAUAACCCAAUUAUAAUCCUAGUCUAUUGUUCUCUUCAUAACAUGCAAUUAUCAUCUCUGUGUUCUAAUAAACACAUUGGUGUUUAUGUGUUCUAUGUCAUCAAGUCGGAACUGACUUAUAGGGAUACUAAUAGGGUUUCCGGGAUGUGUUUCACUGAUAGUAUUUCUUUCUGUAGACCUGCUGGCUGGGACAAUGAAAAGAAAAUUGCAAUACUUCAUGAAAAUUUCACAACAGUGAAACCAGAAGAUUCAUAUGAAGACUUCAUUAUAAAACCACCUAUAAGAAAGUUAGUUCAUGAUAAAGAACUUGCAGCUGAAGAUGAACAGGUGUUUCUUAUGAAACAGCAGUCCUACCUUGCCAAGCAACCAGCCACACCUACAAGGGCUUCUGAAUCUCCUGCACGUGGGCCUUCUGGAUCACCAAGACCCCAGGGCCGGCCAGGUCCUGCCAAUGUCCCCAGUGCCUCACCAAUAGCAUCGGUUAAGAAACCAGAUCCAACUAUUAAAAAUAAUGCUGCAAGUGAAGGCGUGCUGGCCAGCUUUUUCAACAGUCUCCUGAGUAAAAAGACAGGCUCUCCUGGAAGCCCUAAUGCGGGAGGAGUGCAGGGUACAGCCAAAAAAUCAGGACAGAAAACUGUUUUGACAAAUGUUCAAGAAGAACUGGACAGAAUGACUCGUAAGCCAGACUCUAUAUCAGCCAACUCCUCUCCAACAGAGAAUGAAGCUUGAUUAUGCUUGAAACCUGCAUAUGUAAAUGACCAAAUAACUAUGUACAUUGAUCUGAUAAGACCAGGAGCUCUCUGCUAUGGCAGAUAUUAUAAGUUUUUCUUGGGGCAGGGGGAAAUGAAAUUUAACCUUCAUUGGCUUGUCCCAGUAUCAAAUGCACAUUCAGGAAGUUUUGCAUAUAAAAUUCCUCUGUUUUAAGAUAACCAUACUAGAGUUAAAAUAGGGUAAUUCUCUUAUUUGGGGUGGCGGACAAGAUGCAGCUGCAGUUCUUAGGGAUGUACAGAGAGACGUGUAAUGUGGAGUUCCUGUUGAAAAGCCUUUAGUGGCUGCUGGCACUAAGGAAGAAUGAAGUCCCCUUUUCCCAAACUUACUGGAGUUGGCCAUCCAAAAUGUAUCUGUACUUGAAGAGAAUUAGGUGUAGCAGAUAUUUUGUUAGCUGAAGGAAUGUAUACAUCUGUAAAAGGGGAAGUGUGAGAUUUGGUGAAUAGUGGUGAAAAGCAUGUUGGACAAGCUGGAGAAAAGCAGUGUUGAAAACAGAUCAGAUAAUCAUGUUUUAAAAACAAAAAACCGUUUACAUUUGGGAAGCACUCGAAGUUUAAAACACUGAGCAUCAUGAGGAUUAUUCUUGUUAUCAGUUGCGGUUUUUUUAGUUCUAACAGGAAGAUUCUUAAAAUGUCGUGGAUGCCCUUUUUGUCAGAACUGACACAAGGAGAAAAUUGCUUCGACCAAGUGCCUGGCACAGUGAGAGAUGUGUCUUUUAGAAGGUGCUUGAACCUCUCAUGCACUGUAAUACAAACAGUCUAUGUUUGCUUAACUUUAUUUUGAAACUUAGUUACUUUUGAUAACUGUUUUAAGUUUGAAUCCUUUUUUUCUCAUAGCUUCUGCCCUGAAUUAUUUUCUUCUUCCUCCCGAAUACAUGACUGCCUGUCUGUUCAGAAGAAUGAGUGACAUAUCACUUUACCAUAAUGAAACAGGAUAGAAGUCAGUGUUACAGAAUAAAAAUCAGUUGUUUUCUUCUCUUUUUAAAAAUAGUUGAGAAUUGCAAAGCUAAAAAUGAAAUCCUGCCUUAAGGUUCUUAAAACCUGUUACAAUUUUCUGGUAGACUUCUAAGAAUCUUGUUCCAAAUGGCAGUAAACUGUAGAGUUCUUAGGUUUGCAAUUAUAAACUAGUACUUCAUUACCUUUGUGUUUUGCCCCACUCAUUGUAUUGUUUUAUACAUGGAAGGAAAUCUUAAUAGUUGUCCCUCAUUACUACUUAGAAAAGUGUUUAUGGCUCCUAAGAGACUCACAGUUACUGAAAUGGCACUUUUGAUUUUCUGUAUGAUCUGUUUGACAGAAGAACACUACCUUACAUUAUAGUACCAAACAUUCUCAUUAUCAACAGACAGAAGGGAAAAAACCACCAUAUGAAUUACACAGAGUUUACUUUUAUUGAUAAAGUUUUGAGUUAUGCUAUCUUGUUCCUGAAUAGAACACUCCUAAUAUUUAUAUAUAUAUACACAUAUAUUUAACUAUAUAUAUAUAGUUAAAUAUACAGAAUGAAUUAAAUAUACAGAAUGAAUUGACCACUAACACAGCACUGGAUGUAAUUGCAAACCCUGUGUUACAAAAGGAGGCCAUCUCUUUGUUUUUGUAAAUCUAACACUAACUAGAAAGCUAAGAGAAUUUACUUGUGUUAACAUAAAAGCAUGUUUAUUGUGCCAGUGAUGUUUUAUCCAUUUUAAAAACAUUUUUUAAUGUUUUAAAGCCUCAGCUACAUCCACAGUUGCCUAGUUCUUAAACUAAGACAUUGCAGCCAGGGGAUUUAGUGUGUUAUUUUGCUGCUUAUUACAGUCUGGCACAUGAUCUGCCAUAUGCACAUUUAACUCAAAUUGUAGCCUUGUAUUACCCCAGUAGAUGUGACUUGCAUCCUGCCCUUGUGGCUUGCAGCUUUAGUUUAUUUUUAGGCAGCUACCACUUUUAUGCCAUGUAUAAAUGCACAACAAGUUGGCAUGCUGGGAUGGUUAAGUUUUACAAAGGGUUCUAGUAGAUGGAAGUUCGCCUCCUUCCUUCACUUGCAUAAUGCAAAUGACAUAAAACCAGGCUUGCGAUGACUGACCAGUCCAGAAUUGAUUUUGGCUACCUGGAGAUACUAGUUCUAGGGAGUGAAACGUUGGAAGCAAAACAAGGAAGUUGGAGAAGUGAGAGGUUUUAUGACCUCAAUACACAGAUGCCUUUUUAAAAUUAACAUUUCUGUCAUUCACACAGAUAGUAACAAUAUUGUGUUCAAGUGGCUACCAAAGUGUUUUUCAUUUUCAUAAAAUGAAUGUUAGAUCCGCUACAAAUGGGCAAACCAACAACAUACCAUUUCGAAUUGUGCAAAGGAGUGCUUGAAUCCAAAUAAAAGUUUAACACACACCAUUUCCUCUUUGCAAGUGACUGCUCCUACUUUCUCAAAGAUGGAAGCUGUAUGUAAUGUAGUCUUUGUCAGUUGUCAAAGUCUAGUAAUUUUGGAAAGCUGCACAGUUGUCUUUUCUGGUGUUCUCAGGCAUUGGAACCAUAGGCCAAACUGCAAACAGCUUUUAUGUUUAAAAAUACAAUUAAAUUUCUUUUCAGAAUACACUUUUGUGGUAGACUGUUAAAAUAUUAUGUGGCUAUAUUUAUAUAUGGUAUAAUGAUUGCAUCUACUGUUCAUGUUUAAACUGAAGUUAUGAUCUAUUGAUAUUGAAUAGAAGGCAAAUACAAAAGAUUGGCCAUCCAUCAAAAUGCUAUGGAUAUGCUGCUUCCUUUCUUUUUUAAGUUUGCACUUUUUAUUGGCAUUUUAAAACUUGUUUAAAUUGAACAGGACUUGUAUUUUAUUUUAUUUUAUUUUAUUGCAUUGAAAACAAUUAAACUUAACCAUAUCCAUGCUGUAAAUGAAAGUCCACUUCUCCUAUAUUACGCCGUUUAUUGACUUUUAAAAACUUCCAAUAAGGACUGCAGAUGUAUCCAACACAACCCUUAGUCCAGUUGUAUGGCUUUAACCAGGUGCAGUCAUGUGGAACGUUUGCUUUUUAGUGCUGGCAAAAAAGGACAUGUCUUUAAUUAAUGGCUUCAAUAAACACCAACUGAGACUGCUCUACUGGCAUUGACUCACUUUUUGUUGUGUGAGGUGUUCUAGAAUUGUACUUUGAGGCAAAGGAGGUUUUGAACUCAAUGUAGUGUGGCUUGGAUAGUCAUGUUUUGUUUGCCUUUGUUUUAGUAUGCAGAGUGACUAGCAUUAUGGGGAGACAAAUAGGUCACCUUGACAGCCUGUUUUCAACUGGGAUAACUGUCUCUUUCUAGUCUAUGUCUGUUUCACAUAUAUUUCGUCACAUAUGUCCUGUCCUGCCAUUCUUUCAAAUAUGCAAAAAUUCACAUUUCUGCCUGAAAUUAGGCAUGCACAUUUUAAGCCAAGAACUGUAUCACAAGAUUUGAAGGAGUGUACAGUCCAAGGAAUGAAUUGUAUUCUGUUGUGUAUUGGUCAAGAAAGAGCAAAGAUGGUUGAUGAGCUUUUAAAAGAUGGACUAAUAAAAUCCUCUAGCAUCGCUAGUCAA